AUGCUAGAAGAUGCUUUGGUUCCUGAUGAUAAACUAAUUUAUGUCUCUCCCGAGAAUCUUUAUUACUGCUAUGCGAACGAUACUAUAGACCAAGAUGACAAAUGGACGAGUAUACAACCACAGCAAGGAUACAUACCCAUUUUAAGUGCAAACUUGAGGGCUUAUAAGAUAGAAUUACUCAAAAAACUCAGAUUCAGUGGUCAAAAUAACGUUUCACCUUCAAUUAAGAAAGAGAAGAAAAAUUUGGAACCAAAUAAAAAGAUAACAACGAAGCCCACUGAAAGUACAGGCUCGAAAAAGUAUUUGAUACCAGAGCAGUUCAUUCCCGAUAGCCUAGAAAAGCAAUUGAGGACCUUGACAGUCAUUCUAAAGGAUGCUUUAUAUCUGGGCAAGAACAAUAGAUUUAUUAAGGAAAAUGAGGUGGUGAGUGACGAUACGAGACUGCUUAUCCUUGAUGAGUUUCUAAAGCUCAUUAUUCCUAACUACAUUGAUUCGCUAGCAAAUUGGACUCUUGUAGAUUUAAACAAAGGAACCGAUGAUGAAAGUCUUCUGUAUUUGCGUUUCAAUGAAUCAGGGACUCAGAGUAUGAUUAGUUUUUAUAAGAAGCAUUCAAAGAUGGCUAAAUACAUGGAGAUUCAUUACGAUACGAACACUGAAAAAUAUAUUAAUGACAAUUUUAAGGAUGAUGGCGAUGAAGAUAACGUUGAAGCUGAACAAUCCCAUUCUGUUGGCGAGAUCUUGAAGUCAAUGGAAACAGCAUUUGAGAAAGCACGUUCACAAGUCGGAACAUUCAAAGGUGACAUCAAUGAUGAUCAGGAUGAUAAGAUCAACUAUAAAAUAGACUACAAUACAUUGCUGGAUAUUCCUAGCGACUCCCUGGAACAACUAACUAAAGAGAUAUUAAAUUUCAGAACAAAAGUUAUCGAUAUUGAGAAGCAAAAGCAACUUCGGCAACAAUAUGAAGAUAACGAACGUCGCCAAAAGCAUAUGACUCAACUAUUCGAGAAACUGCGAAAGGGAACGAAAAGCAAUGAUUCUAACAGAAAUAUGGAUAUUGAAUCCACGGACACCAUUAAUGAUAGUGACAGCGAGGAAGAUGAUGACGAGGAAGAUGAGGAUGACCUUGCUAUAGAGAAACGUAAGGAGGAGAAACGGAAAGAGGAAGAGGCACGCAAGUAUCGAGCUUUGUUGAAGGACUAUGAGACCACAAUUGAGCCACACUUGCAUUUACUAUCUCAACAAUAUAAGCAGAAUCUAGAAUAUGAGAAAGAGCUGGCCGCAAACCGUGAAGCGAAUGUAAAGGACCUUCUUCGUCAAGCCAAUGAUAUCUACUAUGAUAAGGAUAGGUCUUUCAAGGACAGAGAAGAACAAGAGGACAAACUGGAUAGAGAGAAAUAUGGAGAUAUAAUAAUAGAAGAUAUUGUAAUUGAUGAUGACCGUAAAGGACAAAAGAAGUUGCUUGAGAAGGACAAAAAGGUUAAGAAGGCCGGCGAGCCUGCUAUUAAGAUUAAUUUGGCAUUCAAGAAAGCUAUGGAUAAUUCUAUACAGGACAAACGGGACAAAGCGGAAGAUAUCGAACCUGUUUCUCAGCCUAUCGAAGCUCGAAGCACCAACAGAUAUGCAGCACUUAAAGAGAAACGUGUUGUGGAUGAGCUAGUAAAAGAGUUACUUGGUGUAUACGAGGAUGACGUUGUUGCAUAUGUGUUUGAGAUACUUGAGAAGCCAGAGAUGUCCGACGAGAAGAAACAGAGUGAACUUGUAACUGAGAUGGAGGACCUAUUUGAUAAAGAAGGUGCUGUACAAUUUGCAGAACAGGUGUUCAAAGCUCUAGAUGAAGCGUAA